GGCGGCUCCAGCGGCUCCAGCAGCGGCGGCUCCUUCCUUCCUUUGUCUUCCGCUAGCCCCGGCGGCGGCUCCGGCCCCAUGCCCCUGCUGCCGCCCGGCCUGGGCUGCGCCCCCCGCGGCCCCUGAGCCCUCCCUCUCCGGACUGCCCGCCCGCCCGCCGCCACCAUGCCCGACACGGCCGGGCCCGGGGCCGGCGGCGCGGCGGAGGGCGAGCGCGGCAAGCGGCCCCCCCCGGAGGGCGAGCCCGCGGCGGCGGCGGCGGGGGCCGGAGUCCUGGACAAGCUGUUUGGGAAGCGGCUGCUACAGGCAGGACGGUAUAUCAUGUCUCACAAGUCAUGGAUGAAGACGGUGCCCACGGAGAACUGUGAUGUCCUCAUGACCUUCCCAGACACGACUGAUGACCACACUCUUCUGUGGCUUCUGAAUCACAUCCGUGUGGGUAUCCCAGAGCUCAUAGUGCAAGUCCGACACCAUCGACACACGCGGACCUACGGCUUCUUUCUCACCGCUACCUAUGAGAGCCUGCUCCGUGGGGCUGAUGAGCUGGGUCUGCGGAAGGCCGUGAAGGCCGAGUUCGGCGGCGGCACUAGGGGCUUCUCCUGCGAGGAGGACUUCAUCUACGAGAACGUGGAGAGUGAGCUUCGAUUCUUCACCUCUCAGGAGCGGCAGAGCAUCAUUCGCUUCUGGCUGGAGAACCUGCGAGCCAAGGCCGGGGAGGCGCUGCACAACGUGCGCUUCUUGGAGGACCAGCCCAUCAUCCCAGAGUUGGCUGCCCGUGGGAUCAUCCAGCAGGUGUUCCCUGUCCAUGAGCAGAGGAUUCUUAACCGGCUUAUGAAGUCCUGGGUGCAGGCUGUAUGUGAGAACCAGCCCCUAGAUGAGAUUUGCGACUACUUUGGGGUGAAGAUUGCUAUGUAUUUUGCCUGGCUGGGUUUCUAUACCUCCGCCAUGGUCUACCCAGCUGUGUUCGGCUCUGUGCUCUACACCUUCACCGAGGCUGACCAGACCAGCCGGGACAUCUGUUGUGUAAUCUUUGCCAUCUUCAAUGUGAUCUGGUCAACACUCUUUCUGGAGGAGUGGAAGCGCCGUGGAGCUGAGUUUGCCUAUAAGUGGGGGACCUUGGACACCCCCGGAGAAGCCAUUGAGGAGCCCCGGCCCCAGUUCAGGGGUAUUCGGCGGAUCAGUCCUGUGACCAACGCUGAGGAGUUUUAUUACCCACCCUGGAAGCGGCUCCUGUUCCAGCUGCUGGUCAGCUUGCCAGUGUGUGCUACCUGCCUCAUUGGGGGCUUCCUGCUCAUGCUCGGCUGCUUCCAGCUGCAGGAGCUGGUGCUCAGUGUGAAGGGGUUGCCACGCCUUGUCCGCUUCCUGCCCAAGAUUGGCCUGGCCCUCUUGGUCAGUGCCUGUGCCGAGGCCUACAAGAAGCUUGCCUAUUGGCUUAAUGACAUGGAGAACUACCGUCUCCAGAGUGCCUAUGAGAAACACCUUAUCGUCAAGAUUGUUUUGUUCCAGUUUGUAAAUUCGUACCUGAGUCUUUUCUACAUCGGUUUCUACCUCAAGGACAUGGAGAGGCUGAAGGAGCUCCUGCUCAUCCUCUCUCUCUCCCAAAGCCUGGAGCGCCAGCUCCGAGCGGCUGUCGUCCCCUACGCCGCCCUCCGUCUCCGGCUUCUCCUCUUCUCCUUCCAGAGCCUCCUGGCUCUGGCCAAGGCCAGAAUGUUAGCCACCCUGCUUAUCACCCGUCAGUUCCUGCAGAAUAUCCGAGAGGUACUACAGCCACACCUGUACCGCCGGCUGACCAGUGGGGACCUGAGCACCCGCACCCUCUGGCAGUUCUCCAAGACUUUCUUGCAGCUGCUCACCCACAGGCCUCCUGUCCCCGAGACCCGGCCCCGAGAGCCGCUGGCAGGGCCACCUGAGCCCAGGGCCCAGGAGGGCAGUGGCAGUGGGGGCCGGAAGUGCCUCAAUGGGGGCUGCGGGGUCCCUGAGGAGGAGGAGGAGGAGCGUCGGAGGCGGGCUGGGGAGGGUGGGGAAGAAGCGGGUCGGGGUGGGGGUGGGGAAGAGGAGGAGGAAGAGGAGGAGGAGGACGAUGAGGAGGAAGAGGAUGAGGAAGAAAGCCUUCUGGACUGCGGCCUAAAGCUAAGGAAGGUGAGCUUUGCUGAGCGGGCUGAGCGGCAGCGACGGGCAGGCCCGACAGGUCCCGAGAACUUCCUGGAAGAGGGUAGCCCGACCAUGGUGGACAAGGGCCUGGACCCAGCGGCCGUGUUUGCCUUGUGUGAGGAUGAAGAGGACGCUGAGGAGCCUUCAGACAGUCCUGGCCGGGAGCCCCUAGAAGCCCCUGGGAGCCUACGAGGGGAACGGCCCGGUGGUGAGGGCCGAGACCAGGGUGCUGGUGAUGACGAGGCCGAGGCCUCGGGCCUGGGAGAGGACAAGCGGAGAAAGUACAACCGCACAUCCUGGAUCGACCCACCAGAGGAAGAUUAUUCCCCCCAGUUGACCCAGGCUGAGCUGGAGAGCUGCAUGAAAAAAUAUGAGGACCCCUUCCAGGACUACCAGGAGAUGUUUGUACAGUUCGGCUACGUGGUGCUCUUCUCCUCGGCCUUCCCCCUGGCCGCCCUUUGUGCCCUGGUCAACAACCUCAUUGAGAUCCGCAGCGACGCCUUCAAGCUCUGCACAGGCCUCCAGCGGCCUUUUGGGCAGCGUGUAGACAGCAUCGGGCAGUGGCAGAAGGUGAUGGAGGCCAUGGGCAUCCUGGCCAUUGUGGUGAACUGCUACCUGAUUGGUCAGUGUGGGCAACUUCAGCGUCUCUUCCCCUGGCUGAGCCCAGAGGCCGCCAUCAUCUCCGUGGUAGUGCUGGAGCACUUUGCCCUGUUUCUGAAGUACCUCAUCCAGGCGGCCAUCCCUGACAUCCCUGCCUGGGUGGCUGAGGAGAUGGCCAAGCUGGAACACCAGCGGCGAGAGGCCUUCAAGAAACACGAGCGCCAGGCUCAGCAUCACUACCAGCAGCAGCAACGGCGAAGGCGGGAGGAGGAAGAGCGGCAAAGACACGCGGAGCACCAUGCUCGACGGGAACGUGAGGCUGGGCGUGAGGAAGGCCGGGCCGAGGGCAGCGGUCCAGACCUUGCCCCCGAGAAGGCACCGGCCAAGGCCAAGGGUGGGCCCGGCCCAGAUCGGCCCAAGAGGCCAGGCUCCCUGCUCGCCCCCAACAAUGUCAUGAAACUCAAGCACAUGAUCCCCCUCCAGGGGAAAUUUCUGUCCUCAUCCUCUUCGUCAUCCUCCUCCUCCUCUGCAGGGGGUGCUGGCCCAACUACACGUCAGCCUCAGGCACCCUCGCCCACGGGGGAAAACCGCCUGCCUGCCUUCCUCAGCUUUAAGUUCCUCAAGUCUCCCGAAGCCAAGCGAGACCAUGAGCGCAGCCACUCGCCCCCCAAGCCCUUCCAUGCCGGCAAGCUCUUCCCAUUUGGGGGCCGGGCAGAAUCCGCCGCCACGUCUAACGGGGCAGGCGGGGGGCAGGCGCGACCCGACAGCGCUCCCAGCAAGGCCCAGCGCCCUGGGCUGGCAGAUGAGGCCGGCGGGGACGAGCCAGAUGCCCGUGCAGAGGACGAAGGCUCAGGGACAGCGCAGCUGGCUCCUGGCAUCCCCUCCCGCGCCCACCGCCGGAGCCCCGCACCACCACGCCGCUCCUGCCCACCGUCGCCCAAUACGCCCCCGCCCACGGGCUGCUGGCAGUGGGAGGGCCCCUGGAGUUGUGGGGGUGAUGGGAGUGCUGCUAGAGGAGAGGGCCAUGGAGCCGAAUGCCCACCCUGUGCCCGGGCCCCAGGGAGCCCUGCCUGGGUCCCUGCCCCACUCCCUGCACCCCCUGCUCAGGGUGAUGCCAGCUUCUCCAGCCCCCCACUCCCAGGGCCCUACCCUCUGCCCCCAGCUGACAGCCCCAGCCCUAGCCCCAGCCCCAGCCCCCAAGCCAUCUGCUGGCCAGCUGGGUGGCACUAGGCAGCCCCACCUCCUUCCCAGUGGCCCCUCCACUCCUGAAGCCCUGGGCUUUCCUUCAUUCACAUAUGCAAUAUGAGUUAUUAAUGCAAGGAGCUGAGGCUGAGCAUGACUGCUGGUGGCCAGCCUGUCCUCUCCAGGCCAGGCCAGUGAGGGGAGUGCGGUGGGUUAGGAUGUGUCCAGUCAGGGGAAAGCCAGCCUAGCCUGGCCUAGCAAGAGGCCUGAGGGGUCGGGAUCCCCUGGUCCUAUGUGUUUACUCCCCAGCCACUCCCUAGGGCUCUGGGGGUUGGCCACUGUUCAGAGGUGAAGAGGAAAAGGCAAGUUUUUUGCUGUCUUCUUUCUUUCAAUCUGGAAGGAAAUACCUAACGGGGAUUAUUUUGAUUUCUUCUUAAUUUAUUUUGUCAUAUUUUUGUAAACUUUGCAGAAAUGCAAUAAAAAUAUAUUUCAACAACCCUGUCUGGUGGAAAAUGGCAAGAGGAGUGAUGACUCGGGGCACCCUGAGGUGCCUCCUUCACUUUAACACCAGCCAGGUCCCCUCACUCCUACCCUCAGACCAAGAACCCUUUAAUCCAAUCUCCACAUCCAGUCAUGCACAACCUCCUCCAAUGCCGCCGCUGCCACUCCCCACCCCCCGAUAGUGGGCACUUCUUCAUGGCCCAACUCAUUUGUCCUAAAAAUGCAGCGGUGUGGGACCAGGAAGUCAGCCCAGAAAGCAGGCCCAGCCCACGGACUAUAUCCUACUCCUCCUCCUUCCUCCCCACAGGGCCUGGGUUACAAGACCCAGCCUGGAUGACUGGGCAAGAGCUUCAGGUUUCCAUGCGUAAAAUGGCUCCCUUCCCCCAUGCCCUCAUUUCUUUGGGCCCUGCUCUGCUUCCUCUUUUUUGGUUUCUAGACCCUGGUGAACCUGGAGGGUAGGCUGGCCCCAAGCCCAGGGUCCUGAGAGGCUCCCAGAACUCAC